CGGUCCGUUGCGAAUAUAGCUCACUGUGGAUCGUAGUUGUUGAGUGGUGAAGCACGUGUUUGGGUCCCCCGUUCCUAAGGAUAUAUUAUCUGGUGAUAGUGUUUGUUGGUGUACCAGAGCAAAAAAUCAGGAUCCUUCGUUCGGUAGUGAUACAGUGUGCCUAACAGGAUUGACAAGUGUGCAAAUUUGUUGUUGUCAGUCGAGAUGCGUGCGAUAGUGCUUAUUUCGGUCCUGUGCGCAGGAUACGCUGCCGGGUAUCCCCAGCAGGCCAUCGAUCCAGCCUAUCUGAGGCAGUAUUAUCAGCAGAUCGCACAACAGGGAGGUCCCCAGGAACAGGGGCGACCUGAAGCUACACCCAUCUACGAGCAGGGAGCCCAAGAACAACAGCACAUUCCCCAGUAUGCCCAAGGGCAGGCCCAACAAAUUCGUUUGAGGGAUAACGUGCAGGAUCAGAUCCAACGGCAGUACCAGCAGCCACAACCCACUCAUCAGUACCAGCAACAAUAUCAGCCACAAGCUCAAUACGUCCAGGAGCAGCAGUACGCUCAGCCUAAGCCAGCGGUGAAGUUGUCCAAGCCUCGUCCCGCCCAGCAGUACCAGUCGGUUGCCCAGGGAGGCCAGAAGCUCGAAAAUGAAGAGGACUAUGACCCUAGCCCAUCCUACCAGUUCGGUUUCGACGUUAAGGAUGACGAGUUCACCAACUACCAAAACCGCAAGGAACAACGGGAUGGAAACGUGAUCAAGGGAAGCUACUCCGUGGUCGAUUCCGAUGGGUUCAUCCGUACCGUUACCUACACCGCCGAUCCAAAGGAGGGCUUCAAGGCCGAAGUCAGUCGCCAGCCCACUGACAUCGUGGUGAAGAUCCCCAAGCCACAACCUGAGUAUCAGCAGCAGCAUCAACAGCAGCAGCCACAGGUUCAACAGGUUCAACUUCGUACCCAGCAGCCACAGCAGAAGCAGCGACAGGAGUACAUCCAGUACCAGUAGGUGCUGUCAAUCGGCUGACCACAAAAGACUUUGGAGUUUAGUUCCAUUCCCUCCCCACAUUAUCCCAGUCCCCAUUGGGCAUAUCCCAAACAUCCUACCAUCCUCCCCCCCCCCCCCUUUAGUAUCUCGUCAUCUUAGAAGGAGACUAUAAUUUAUGAUAUUAUAAUUAUAACUGUAGUUUUAACUAUGUUAUGCUAGACCAAGCAAUUAAGCGCUAAACACAUAACUUUUUCGGCGUAGCGUUGCGCACUGUGAAAUGUAGUACUUAUAUGAAAGAAGAAAAAUCACAUCACGCGUUCUCGGUACUCUCAGUCGUAAAAUUGAAACAGCUAUUUAUGUUUAUUUACAACUUGUUAUGAAUGCACCGCGCUAUAAUUUAAACGUUGCCCUUGUUUUCGUUUAACACCAAAAAUCAUUUUGUUCGCUCGGUCUCACGCAGCGACGGCAACGCUACUAACUUGUUUGAAAUUUUAGUCACUGUUUGAAAGAAAAAUAAAGAAACGAUAAAGAAAUGUUUUGAUAAAAACAAUAAAA